AUGACUCCUACUCCGACUGACUGGAGCAUGACCAAGACCAAUAACAACAACAAUAGCAACAUAAUUGCCGGCAGUGAACCCAGUCCGCCGAUUACCAUAAGUGGCAGUGAAAUUAGCAGCCCUGGAACACCCGCUUCGCCUAAUAUCAGUACUCUUAAUCCAGCUAAUAAUAAUAAUAAUAAUAAUAAUAAUAAUAAUAAUAAUAGUAGUGCUUCCACGACCCCUGUUAGACCCGCGCCAAUUCGCAGCCCUUAUGAGUGGAUGAAGAAAACUUCGUAUAUUCAUCAGCAGACUCCUGGUAAGAUUUUUGGGUUUAUUUGCAUGGAAAAAUAA